GUAGCAGUAAACAUUAAAGAAGUUGACCAUCUAACCCAGCAAAAACAGUAGUUUGUGCAAACAGCAAUUCUCCAAAACCAGUUCACAUUCAACUUGUAACCAUAUCUCCUUCAAACCAAUGCUACACUUGUUAAAAACUCUCAAACAUCUUAUUCACUGUGUAUUCUCUUGUCAUAUAAACAACCCCCUCACCAUGGAAAACCCUCCCAGAGUCAAAUUCACACCCAACUUCUUCAUAAUCAUUUCCCUCUCCCUUGGCUUAUUUUCCUUUAUCUUUUGUGUGGAAGCAGAGAUAAAGAGGAAUAAGGAGGAUGAUCUCAGGUGGACUGGGAAGCUAUGUUCUUUGCCAUCAAGCAAGGCCUUUGGAUUGGGAAUUGCAGCUUUGGUUAGCUUCUUUCUCGCCCAGAUCAUUGCCAAUUCUAUAUUAUUGAAAUAUUGUUGUUGGAGAAGAAAACGAGAAUCCCACCACAAGAUGCAUGUUUUUGCAAAGGUUCUAGUUUUCAUAUCUUGGGUGAGUUUUGGAUUUGCAGCUAUUUUAUUGAUGGUAGCCACGAGCAUGAACAGAAGGCAGGCAUACAGAGUAGGGUGGUUGAAUGGUGAAUGCUACGUAGUGAAAGGGGGGACUUAUGCCGGCUCAGCCAUGUUGGUCUUAUUUACAGUGUGUUCUGUUAAUGGUUCCGUUUUCUGUACAUUAAAAUCUAGCCAACCAAAUCAGCCUACAAAAGUACAUAAACCAAUGGGGUGAAGAAGAAAGAAGCAGAUAUUUUUAGUGAUGUGAAAAAGAAAAGGAGAAAUUACCAAGUCCACUAGAAAGCAGCAAGUUGCAGAAGGAGAAUGGAAAGGUCAAAAUGUAAAAAAAAUAAAAAUUUAGAAGAGGAUUGGAAAGGAAUCCGAUUCUUUUAUUAGUUAUUAAUUAAUGGAUGUUAAUUAUGUAAAAGAGGGUUGGCUUAUCCAAUACAAAGGAAUCAUUUUUGUUCUUCAA